UGGGAAUUCUUGACUCCUGUUUGUUUAGAUCAGGGCUGCUGGCCAGUAAACCAGAGCCUUUAAAAGAAGGAGAGGAGGGGCUGGAGAGAAGGGAAGAGGAACGUAGAAGAGAUAAGGCAGAGGUGCAGUUUCACAUUGGCCAAAUUGCUUAAUCCUUCCUUUCCCCAUUUACUGCCAGAGACUCUGCUUCACUUACCUUUCUUUUCCUCACCAUGGUCAGAGAAAGCAGCUUACACUGGGGUCAGAAAUGUAGGUGCCUCCUGCUGGGACUCACAGUCAUCCUCAUCCUUGGGGCUGUUGUGGUCUUUGCUGCUGUGAUCUUUGCCCGCAGGAGGGACCCACCAGCUGAGUUGCUACAGUGGAAGGGAAGAGGAUCCACAGACAACUUGAAAGAAAUCAUGCUGGGGAGAUGCUUCACUUAUAUAAGGACAGUAAACCCAGAGCUGAGAAAAGAUUGUCUGAAAAUAUGGGAAACUUUUAAAAAUGCAUUUAUUUCCAAGAACCCAUGCAACAUUACAGAACAAGAUUAUCAGCCACUAAUGGAAUUGGCUGCUCAGCCUAUACUUUGUAAUAAGACCCUCCUCUGGAGCAAAACCAAUGAGCUGGUUCAUAAGUACACCAAAGUCCAGGGCAAUUUACUUACUAUGGAGGACACACUGCUGGGCUACAUGGCUGAUGGACUCACAUGGUGCGGAAACCCUUCAAGUUCAGAAAUAAACUAUCAAUCUUGCCCAGAGUGGCAUGAAUGUGCCAACAACCCCAACUUAAUAUAUUGGAAAACGGCAUCCAGAGCUGUAUCAACACCAUAUUUGUAUCAUAAAAAGAAUUUGUUUGCAGAAGCAGCCUGUGGUGUUGUCCAUGUGAUGCUCAAUGGGUCAAUCAACCAACCCUUUGGAAACAGCAGCAUUUUUGGAAGUGUGGAGGUUCCCCAUUUGAAUCCAAAGAAAGUUCAUUUGAUGAAGAUUUGGGUGAUGCACAACAUCGGGGGACAACCAAGUGAUUCAUGCUCAAGUUCUUCCAUCAAAGAGCUGAAAUCCAUUAUAGAAGGCAGGAACAUUACAUUCUCCUGUGAGGAUGACCACAGGGCUGCUCAACUCAUUCAGUGUGUAGGAAAUCCUGAGGAACCAGCCUGCAGAGUCUGUAGAACUGAAUCUUGAGGAUUUUUAAAAAACAAUUGCAGUAUUAAUCUGCACUUGAGACUUAUAGUGCAGAGAAGGUACACAACUUAAGGAGAGAAUCUCUCAAAACCUGGACAACCUUUUGAGAGCCAGCUGGUUUAAUUUCAAAACAUGGGCAUUAUUAAGUCUCAUGAGAAUUUUAUAAGAAUAAUUUACAACAGUUAUGUUCUAUAUAGGUAUUCUAAUAUUUAGCAAAAAGUAAUUAUUAAAUCAAGAUAAAAUAUAUUUGUAUUAAAUGACUUUUUAAAUAGUAUUUCUCUGUGAGGGACACUAAAAUGUCAUGUCUACAUUUGUACCCUAUGUCUGCUAAAAAAAAAUUUAAAAAACCCCAAGGAGCAUUGAUUUACAUCCUAAUUAGUGCCUUUUCUUUGGUCAAGUAAAUAUCAGGUCUUUUCAGAAAACAUGAUGCUUCCAUUUCUAUGUGCCUGACUGCAUUUAUCCUGGUAGUGUUUCUAGAUACUCAAACUGAAUAUCACACCGUUAUUUCAUCUACUGGGAAAAGUGUCUGCAUUUAGAUUUUAGGCCCUGUUCUCAAGGGUGAGUGAAUGUUAUGUUGAACUUAUCUAGAACAAAGUGUUUUGUUUCCUCUAGGAGGAGGCAUGGAUUAAGUUAAUUAAAAUCAUCUUGUUUCUCUUUCUAUGCUGGGGACCCUCUAACACCUAUGAAAGUUUAAACCAAUCCACAAAAUGUUCACCGGCUCUUUCCAUACUUUCUAAUAAUAGGAUGAUGAUGUGUGAGAGGGGAGGGUUCUGACAACUUAGGCACAGACACAGGUAUGGAGAGAGUGCAGGCUUUCAGGUUGUGAAGUGGAUAGAGCACUGGGUUUAAAGAAAGUAAGACCUGAGUUUAAAUCUGGCCUCAGACACUUACUAGCUGUGCAACCCUAGGCAAGUCAUUUAACCUGUUUGCCCCAGUUUUUCUCUUCUGUAAAAUGGGGAGAAUAAUUGCAAUUACCUGAUAUGGCUCUUUUGAAAAUGAAAUGAGAUAAAGUAUGUAAAGUGUUUUGUAAACUAUACAGAGCUAAUGCAAAUACACAUUAUUAUUAUUAUCGUUAUUGUUGUUAUUUGUAAGCAUAGAUCACAUCUUCAGCUUACCCGUAGU